UUCCCCCUCCGGACCACAACGACCUGGGCCACCUCCUUCUCUCGUCUACUUGGAAAACAGUCUGCAGGACGGACAGAUCGACCGACAACGACGGGUCUUCAACGAUCGGGAUAGCGAUACGCGAUUAGAAGCCAGCAUCGAAGGAGGCUUUGGAGGUGAUUCCGAACAGGUGACUCCCUCGGAUACGAAAUCAAAACUCUCCUUGCACCUUGUCUGCAGUCUGUGAGACGUAGAAAUCGUUUGUCGCCGGACAGAUCGACAGAGAUCGCCAAAUCGAGAUAGAACCCACCAGCAGUAUAUUCUUCAACUUAGAUUUGCUCUUGAACGUAUCGCUCGUCGCAGGUCAAUCUGGACCGCGACUACAAUCUUGAACAGCUACUCGGACGCAACACCUCGAAUCGACCCUAGCGUCUCCUAUCGCCCACGAUGAUUCACUCUGGAUUCGCCAGCCUGGCCUCGACGCCAUUGACCCGGAGAGAACUCUUGCUCGUCAUCAGCAUGACGGUCCUCUUCACCCUGAUCAUCCAGUUCGAUUUCGCCCGUACCUCGGCCGAUGGGACCCGAUCGAUCAUGGGACAUGCUCCUUGGUCCAUCGGUUCGAGCACGGGGGAAGGAGGUUCUCGAUCGGGAUACAAGCACGACCAGUUGAGCUUGGAUGGGAUGGAUGCCGAGGGUGUAGUCGAGGAGAUUAGCAAGUCGGAUGCGUUCUUGGGCAAGCUGGUCGGGGUGAACGAGCUCGGGAGCCAUGGGAACGUAGGGAGGUGGAGAGAGAUGACCAUGAACGAUAGUCUGGUCAGAUGGGACGACGAGGCAGGGGCACCACGGACAGAGAUCAUCGCUCAUGCACCAGGAUGGACGAUCCUUCGAAACCUCUACCUGUUCAACGGGACGUGGUAUAUUGUGACGGACGAACCGUCAGACUUCCCAUUGCUCAGGAUGAUGACGAGUACGGGUGCCGAGAUUUGGAACGAUGAGGAGAGUAUCAAGAACCGAGAACCUACGGACAAGGAUCUGAAGAUCAUCUUCCCCUCCGAAGCCAAGCGGACAAUAGGGCACCAGGCGAGCAAAGUCGAGGGUACGACGUGGACGAUAAACGAUCCUCCUCAGUUCCUGGAUCAUUAUUACCACUUUGCAGCGGAAGCCCUGUUUGGAUUCUGGAGGACGUAUUCGACUCUGGACAGGACCAUCACCUCGGAAGGCCGCACGACACUACCGGCUCCCCGUCGUUUGAUGUUCACGCACACAGACGAUCAGAAAUGGCGAGAUUACUCCAAAAUGAACACCUUCUUGUGCAAGAGCGUCUUCCCUUCGAUGUCUUACGAGUUUUCCGGCGAAUUUGCCGAUCGGGUGGAUUCUGGUCGAGCCUACCUUUACGACCGGGUCGUCUUUACCGACCGGGCGGCGGCGCUGCGGGGAGCUCAGUUUGCGGUUACGUGGAGGACGGCGGCAGAGGCGUUCACGCUGGAAGGAAGUCCAUACUGGUGGAGUCCCGUCAGGCGAAACCUCCUGGAAUUCGUAGGAGGCACUUCCGAGGCCGUGUUGAGCCCUCACGACCUGGAACGACCGGUCAUCACCUAUGUCAGCAGGCAGGAUUGGGGAAGGAGAAUGUUGAUCAAGGAGGAUCACGAGGUCUUGGUCAAGGAGCUGGAGCGACUGCGCGACGAACACGGCUACGAGGUCAACAUCGUUUCGAUGGACAAGCUGUCCCGAGACGAACAGAUCAGGUUGGCUGCUAGAACGACGGUGAUGUUGGGUGUCCACGGCAACGGUCUUACUCAUUUACUGUGGAUGAAACCUACACCUCGAGCAACCGUCAUUGAAUUCUUCUUCCCCAAGGGAUUCGCUCACGAUUACGAGUUUACCUCAAGAGCCCUCGGUAUCAUGCACUAUGGUUUCUGGGGGAACGAGUACUUUACCGCACCGGAUACGCCCGAGGUUGCCUAUCCAGAGGGUUUCCAAGGCAACGAAAUUCCCAUCGACGGCAAGAUCGUGGCCCAAUUGAUCCACGCUCGAUUAUCGAUCGAGGUGACCGCAGAAGCAGAAGGAGAGGUUCACGACCUGAUACACCUCGACGACGGCGAGGAAGAAAAGGUCGACGGACUGGACGACGAGACGGAUCCCGAGUUCAUGGACGUUGAGGAGGAGGUUUAAGGGACGUGAUCUGUAUCAUAUUACUUGCAACAUGCUUU